CACAGAGUACGGUGUGAGCGUCCCGAGUGCAACGCUAUGCAACCUGGAGUAGUGGGUCCUGCGGGAAGCUAUACAUAACACGCAACACAACCGUUCGCUCACGUGUCAACAGUACGCACGAGCCUGAAUCGGAGAACCUAAGUGGAGGGAUCGGCCGGCCGUGUCAGCGAGAAGCCGGAUAGCGGAGGAGGCAGCCGGCUGUUCUGUGGAUGAACGACGGAGGGACAGGUGGAGAAAAUGCGGGGACCGCGAACCGUCGGUACGUACGACGUCGUUCGGUAAGCCCUCGAGGAGUGAAGGGGGAGGCGUGUAGUGGCGUUUCGAGUGAUAGGGGAAAUCAGUUGCCGUACGAAAUCCACCGCGGUUACACGUGCGUGCGUGAUGUUAUUGGUCUUCAUCACACCUCUGCAUAGUACGUUGUGUGUACAUACAUACAUACAUUCAUUCGUAUCGCGACGUCACUGACUGAGGGGAACAUCGUAUAUAUUCUUUUUCACGUAAUGUGUCGGGCGACCUUAAACGCCGAUAGAAAACUCUUGGACACUCAGUUCAUGUUAUAUCUAUAGAUGAACAAUAAAUAAUCAUGUGAGAUGUACGUCACCCCGAAUGCAAACUGAUACAUCAAUUUCGCGCUCGAAAUACACGUAUCGUUUCAUAAUUAUACCAAAUUAUAAUAUUUACGUGAUUGACAUACAUAGAGUAAAAACUGGAAAUAAAACAUUAAAUAUUGCUUAUGCUUAUUACGAUAUCCUCGGAAUCUCUACUGUACCUAUAUUAUACGUAGUUGAUAAUAAAUGAAUAAUAAAUAAAAGUAUAAUAAAUAAAUAGACAUAUAUAUUGUAAACUCUUGGCGAGCGUAUUUUUCAAACUGUACGACGCGCGGUGGCUCCUUCGGCAGAUAAAAUAGACUCGUUCGAAAUAUUGAUACUAACUUGGCGAUAAGCAGCGCGAGGAAAAAGAGAUAAAGCGAAACACGUAGGAGCCAAUCAGGAGGAAAUCGUUUCUGUUGGCCCGCCGAUACGACUCCGCUGAAAGGAUGCUGGACUCCGAACAACAGGCCAAUCAGAUUCAAGCGUUGGCUUCGCUUGACCAAGACUGGCACCUACUCGAGGGCGUGAAAAUGAGACUUGAAGAAGAUUUGGUAAUACGGCGAAGUCGGCCGACGAUGAUUUCGGCGAAAUAUAGAGCUCGUGAGGAACGGCGUCGUUUGUUGAAGAUAUCAGCUGCUAAACUGCGACGUAUAGAAGAUCCGGAAGCGAGUCUUUGUCGAUCUGUAUUGAUCAAUAACGCAGUCAGAAGAUUGCAGAGGGAAAAUCGUGAUGAGAAAUCGAGGAGCUACGGGGUGUCUGUUAAUUUCUUGGAUGAUUCGUCGAAGGAAAAUAGCCUGAGUGGAAAUAUGAAUGUAGAUAAUAUAGACAAUGAUUUGCUGCAAAAGAAACGUUUGGGCGAUGACGACGUGGAUAUGUCCCUUAGCCACAAUUCAAGUCCGAAAAAACAACGCCACGACGAUUUGGAUUUCCCAGACGACGUUUUUAGCGAUUUUUACAUCCUACCACCGACGCCUAGACUCUUAUCUCAUAUCGAUGACGUGUUACCUGAUAUUGAUAGUAUAAACGAUCUUUCGAUUAAUAACGGCAUGGAUGGUGUUGAAAACCGUUUGAACAUUAACAUUGACUCGUUAAACUCUAGCAAAAGCCGGCUAAGCUUGUCUGACAGCAGUUGUCAAUUCCUAAACGAUAUUGCCGAAAGUUCUUUGAACUGCAAUGAGAAUCCAUUGAGGACAUCGGACAGCCGAUUAUUCUCCACGGAAUCUUGUAUGAUGGAUGUUAUCGACUGUCAGGACGUAUGCGACGACGAGAGGAUCACCGAAUUCGCAAGGUUCCCCGAACCUACGAAAACCCUCGAAGAGCGACUUAUCGACUUUCAAUCCCUCGACGAACAUUACGACUUGUCAAAGUUCGAACGCAGCAACAGUCAAACCUGCGGCCGAGCCUUCCACGAUAUACAAACAUUUCAUAGUCUCGUACCAGGCUUGGAAACAUAGGAAAAAUAACGCAAUACCUAAAACACACACACACACACACACACACACACACACACACACACACACACACACACACACACACACACACACACACAUAUGUAUACGUGUGUAUAAUUUUUAUUUGUAUGCAAUGAUAAGUAUAAUGAUUAUAAUCACAGUUGUAUUCAAACUGUAUACAUGCUAUACAAAAGGGGAUGUUGUUCCGAUGAGGAGUAUAGUUUCUCUGUGCAAUCGUAGUUCAUUUUGUUUUUGUUUUUUCCUCUGUUGAGUCGUUCUUUUUUCAAUUCUUUACUCGAAACUGGUUAAAAUAUUCUCGCAAUGGCAAUUCGGUUAUUGCUACUUACAUUAUCUCUAUACAUCAGUUGGACUUUUUUUUUUUGAUCAAUCUGUUUUACAUACCUAUAAUAUUAUACAUGGGGAAGCGUACAUAACACGCACAAAGAGAAGAUAAAAAAAGUGGAAACAAAAACACUUCUACGACGUAAACUUGUAGGUUGCGUUACAAUUUUCGUUCGUUUGAUUUUUCUGCAAAUUUAUUUUAUUUUAUUUUAUUUAAACUAAAUUCAUGCCGUCCAUUGGCAUGGUAAUUUCUUUGCGAGAUGACGUCUCUGGCAUAAACAAUCGUACAUGUGUAUACUUUACCUACACAUAUUGUUUGUAUAUACAUAUAUUACAUAUAUUAAAACAAAACGAAAACAAAAAAAUACACAAAAAAAAAAAAAAAAGCAAACGAAAAUACUUUUUUAAAUCAUGUUGAAAUACAAAAUGUAUAUUAAAAUAUUGGUGAGUGAAUGGGAAUAAUUUACGAAUGAGGAAAGAAUAUAAGACGGAUUUGGUGAGAAAUCGUUGUACAUAAAUAAAUAUAACGCUUCUUACAUAUUUCGAUUUAUUUUAAACAAUACCAUCUAAUAGACUUAGGAUUAUAUUUUAAUAUUGUUGUCUGUAUUGUUCCAUUAAUUUUAACGUUAACUCAUUAAUUAUUUCCAGAAUGUAUUUGAAAUUUAUGUAAAAUUUUUUCGUUUGUUCUAGAAAGUGUAGUAUUGAAUUAUAUGUUCAAAAUUAUCGAUCGUUUUUUUUAAUUAAUUUACCGGUUGGUAUUUUCUCUUUAUUUUUUUUUUCGUGCACCCACAAUUGCUUGUCUGUUUAUUUAUACCAAUAUCAUCUGAUAAUGGCAUGCGGCUGAGUACUAAGAGCUGAAUAGACAUUCUGUUAUCUCGCGUAAAAAACAAAAAAAAAACAUUCGGAUUUAAUGUAUAGCCUGUAUUUAAUAUUAAAAAUUUUGUACUUAAGAACUGCAAAUUAUAAAAAAAGAGGAACAUGUGCGGCCGUUUUCUGAUAAUGUUGAUGUACAGUACAACUGCAACAUACAUAUUCAUAUAUCAAAAAAAUUUCACAUACGUUAGUUGCGGCUGCUGCUAUUACUAUUACGAUUAUCAAUAUUAUUAUUAUUAUCAUUAUUAUUAUUAUUAUUAUUAUUAUUAAACUUGCCGUUUUUACCUGCAUUAAAUAUUUCGGUGCAGAAGAACAGCUAGACAAAAUAUAAAUAUAUGCCGUAAUAUUUUCUGCUUAUAUUACCAUUCUAAAUCGACUUUCAAAAAAGGAAGAAAAUUAAAGAAGUGCUUUGGCUGUAUUGCAGAGAAUAGUUUUUGGUGUUAAAUUUUGGCUCGUAUUUAGAAACGUUUAAAACAACAUUGUUAUAUGCUGUUGAUUAUUUUGUUCUGUUGAAUAAAUGUUUUUUUCCAUUAUCGAUUUAUCGGAAAAUUUCGACAUUGACCAAAGUGAGCAGUAUCUAAAGUAGACUUCCAAGCUUCCAGUUAGUGCCCAGGCUGUGGUUAGCAUGGCUUUGAUACGCCAAGUUUCGUCUGAAUGUUUUAAAAAUUUAAAAAAAAGAACAAAAAUUUUGUAAAAUUAUACGAACAAAACAAAACAUAAUAUGGCAAAGAAAUUUAACAAAGUGGCCCAAUAUUGUGUAAAUAGCUAUAUAUUAGCCCAUAUGUUAGUAGUUAUGUAUAAAAUUUCGUACGUUGUGUAAGUUACAGGUCUAGUUACAUGAAAUCAGUUACCAAUUAUACGAAAAAAAAUUCGAAUAAAUCUAUAAAAUAUUA